CCCAAACCUUAUCCAAACAUCGCACUUCUGCUGAAAUCUUGAACUUCACAAACGCGCUCAGCGUAAUCGUACAUAGCGCGCAACAACAUCGAGGACGGGCGCAGCACUAGAAAACCCAGGCCAGCAACCAAGAAAAUGGCCCAGCAAGGCCAGUCCCAGAUGGGCAUGCAGCAGCCCCGAUUCAUGCCCGUCGGCCAUCUGCCGAUGAACCAGUUUCAAGUUCAAGCACAGCAACAGGCGCCGCCGCGGCCGCAGCAGCAGCAGCGUCGUCAACAGCAGUCAAACCAGCAGCAGCGUCGUCAGCAGCAGCCAAACCAGCAGCAGAUGCCGGUCCAAACACCACAACAACGGCCGCAACUGCGAAAUCAACAGCAACAGGCACCGCACCCGCCCCCGCCGCCACAGCAGCAGCAGCAGCAGCAGCAGUACCAGCAGCCGGUCCAGCAGCAGUACCAGCAGCCGGCCCAGCAGCAGUACCAGCAGCCGGCCCAGCAGCAGUACCAGCAGCAGCAGCAGCAGCAGCAGCAGCAGCAGCCCCAGCAGCAGUACCAGCAGCAGCAACCUCAGCCGCAGAAAUCCCAGCAGCAGCAACCUCAGCAGCAGCAGCAGCAGCCCCAGCAGGGGCAGCAGCAGCAGCAGCGGCCCAAUUUCCAAAUGGCCCUCCUGCCGCCGCCUCAGGACCGGCUGUACAACACGUGGCAUGACCUGAGAGAAGACCUCAAAGCCUUCGCCAGGUCCCAAGGCUAUGCUAUCACCAUCGUCUCCUCCCUGAACCGGGACCCGGACGGCCAGUACCGCCGCUACAACCUGUGCUGCUCUAAGGGCGGCAAGAACUUCACGUCGCACAGCAAGGGCAUACGCAACUCGCGCUCCGCCAAGACGGGCUGCCCGAUGCGCCUGAAGGCGAUCCAGGAGAAGGCCUGGCCGUACAACGACAAGUGGCGCGUCGUCGUGCAGUGUGCCGAGCACAACCACGAGCCCUUCACGGGCGGGCCGGGCGCCAACGCGCCGCCCCAGUUCCGCAAGAUCGAGGAGGACGGCAAGCGCUGGCUCAUGAUCAUGCACCGCCAGGGCCAGUGCACCCUGCGCCAGCUCACCCUCGGCAUCCGCAUCUCGUUUGGCGACAAGUACCAGUACGUCAAGAAGAGCGACGUGCGCAACAUGCUGGCCAAGAUCAAGCGCGAGGAAGAGCGGCAGGCCGCUGCCGCCGCCGCGGCCACCGCCGCGGCUCAGGGCCUGCCCAGCAACGCGACCUACACGCUUAUCCCGGCCUCCCACCUGCCGCCGCCUCCGCCGCCCCAGCAGGUCGAGAAGUUGCCCCCGCUGCCUGCGGACAUGCAAGUGCCGGACCCGGAUCUAGAGUCGGAUGACGAUGGGGAUGAGGUCGACCUGUGACGGGUCGCUGUUUUGUGUCUGGAUUUUUUUUUUUUUUUUUAUAGGCUGGGUUUGUAUGGUGUGAAUACCGAGCCAUGUCUUUUUCAUUGCCGUUGAGCUGCCCUGGGUUGAUCACUUGUUUUUCUUUUUGUACGGAGCGUUGAAACAGUAGGUAGUAUUAGGGCCUUGUAUUAGCAAUGACUUCUCGUUAUGCAGUGGCCAGAGCUCCCAGGGCUCGAGAAUGGUAAUUCUAUGGGUGAAAGAAUAAUAUGAGUGGCAGGUGAGGUGGUGACGAACCUGUGGUUAGGAGGUG